AUGACUGGUAAAACAACGGAGGGCUAUCUGGCAACCGGUCAAAAGCAGCAGACGACGACCGCGGAGCCGGGCGAUCACGUCGAAAAGGGAACUUCUACGUUUUCCGAUUCGCAUUUGGUUUCUAAAUUGCCGCGGAAAGCACCACCGAGCCCAAAUUUAACGUUCGUGUCUCAUUCAAACCCUGUCACCGGCAAAAUGGACUGGGUGGUUAGAGACGAAAAUUACGAUUACUUGCAAGAAAUAGCGAGGUCCGGCUAUGGUGACAUGCUGCAUGAUACAGACCGGAAUGAGAAGUAUUACCAGGCAAUAAAACAGGCUGUAAAGUUUCUGAAGGAACGGAAACAGAAAGUGAAGAGUUUAGACAUUGGCACGGGGACGGGAUUACUGUCGAUGAUGGCUGCCAGUGCUGGUGCUGAUACUGUCACAGCUUGUGAGGCAUUUUUACCAAUGGCAGCGUGUGCGGAGAAAGUCCUAGAGGCCAACGGGUUUAAGGAUAAAAUUAAACUCAUCCCCAAAAGGUCAACUGAAAUGUCAUUAGAUGAUGUGGGCGAAAGGGCAAACCUUCUGGUAACGGAGCUGUUUGAUACUGAGCUUAUUGGAGAAGGGGCCAUUGAGUCUUAUACGGAUGCUCAUUUACGGCUAAUGGAGGAAGACUGUGUUGCAGUACCCACUACAGGCAUCAUGUACGUCCAGGCUGUCCAGAGCGAGCUGUUAAGGAAGUGGAACAGCCUGCCACCAGUGACCCUCCCCAACGGAGCAGUUAUAUCAGCACCUGACAGCUUUACUCACUGUACAGGUGCGCUCAGUUUACAUGACCUUCAGGUGGAGGAACUUGAGGAGCACCUGCAGUUUAUGACCCCACCUGUGGAAGUGUUCAGGUUUGACUUUAGUCGCCGCAAUGCUCUCCGGAAGAAAGAACAUAGUAGAAAAACAGUGCUGGCUCUGCAGAAUGGGCGUGUGGAUGCAUUUGUGAUGUGGUGGGACCUCAUCAUGGAUCCCCAGGGAGAGAUUGUGCUCAGCUGUGGACCCAGCUGGACCCGGGAGAAAGGAGAACCCAUUCCUUGGCGAGAUCACUGGAUGCAAGCUCUGUAUUACCCCUCGUCUUCUGUGACUGUCCACGAAGGAGAGAGCUUCGACAUCUACGGUUACCAUGAUGAGUACAGUUUGUGUUUUGAUACAGUUGAGAUCGACAGCCAGAGAUCAGCAUGUAUGUGUGGACUCCAUAUGGCUGUCAGUAGAAGCAGGUUGGGUCAGAUCAACGAUCACAGCAGGAACCAGAUCUUUAUCCAGGCUCUAGAGAGG